AGUGAUCAGCUGAAGAAGACAAAGAUAAUGUUUUUCUCUGUGGUCGAACAUGGUCCUUUUCUUCUCCAAGCCUUUCUCAUUUCAUCCCCGAGUUCUGGGCACAUGGCAAGUUUGAACCUUGGAGCUAACUCGUUGACCAGCGAGUUUUCCGGCUCCUCCUUAAAACUACGGAUUGGCUUCAUAAAUAAACGGUUUAGACGAGUUGCAGAGAAAUGGAGGUUUCGUGUUCAGCAAAUGUCAGGAAUAGAACAGAUGACCAAACAGGAGCUAGAUCGUUCUGCUAAAAGAAGCAAGGCCUUGAGACAGAUUUUGAAGCAAUAUGGAAUAUCAGAAGAAAAUAAGACUAGCAGUAGAUUUGAUGAUGACCUGAACUGUAUAGAAAAGCAGGACGCUGUUGUUCCUUCUUCUGUCAUAGAUGACUCAGAGAUGAACACAGAGGAUGUUUCAGACCUAAAUCACCACAACGGUCAAGAGAAGCAUGAGGCCGUUCCUUCUGUAAUAAUUGACUCUAAAAUGAACACAACUGAGGAGUUACCUGAUUUAGGGCGGCAAGAGAAAUACUGUGAGACUGUGAGCACCACAGAGGAUGUUUCAGGACAAAAUCACCACAGGUUUCUCCAUUUAAAAACAGGUUCUUUGUUCACUUCUUCUCUGCUUCCUGUUCUUGGUUUCUGCAUGUUAUGCAUUAUUGGAACGCUACACGCAAUAAUCUCACGAAGUCAUCAUCACGAUAGCUCCAAAAGAGCGAGGUGGAGAACCGCAUUGAGUGAAAGGAACGAGCCCGUUGCUUCUGAUGAACAUGAUACGUCGCCGGAAUACACUGUCAGUUCAGCGUACCCGGAAGCUACUAAUGAAGUGGAUGAAGCAUGUAGCAAAGUUGAGCGUGAGUACAAGAGAUUUCUUUUGGAUUGUGGACUGAAUGAAGAUUAGGUUCCAAGUUUGUAGUUCUUAAGCAAAACAAAAUCUCAAACCUGUGUCUGGUUUAAGUUACGACAAAGGUGGUUUUGUAGCUGGUUCGAUUAUUUUGUUUCCUGGUUUACUCAUUGUGAUUUUUAUUGUGUACACUUUGAAAGGAGGAACAAAUGUACACAGAAAAUAAGUACA